UCCGCGGCGGCGGCAGCAGCGGAGGGCGAGGGGGCCGGGUGGCGCCGGUUCCCGUUGGCUGCCUCCACCGGUGGGCCGGGGCGGGGCGACGCAGCCCGGCCUGCUGCCCGCCUUCUCGCCUGCCGGGCGGUCCUGGCGGUGCCGCUCCGGUGGGGUCUGCGGGAGGGCCGCCGCCAUCAUCGCCAUGAAGGACUGCGAGUACCGGCAGAUCCCGCCAGGCACCCCGGCAGCGCCGCCUUCUUCCUCCUCGGCGGAGCCCUCGGGGACGGUCUCCGUGGGGGCCGCCAACGCCGCCGCCCCCACCCCGACCACCGCCGGCCGCCAACGCCGCAAAUGGGAGGUCUUCCCCGGGCGCAACCGCUUCUAUUGCGGCGGCCGCCUCAUGCUGGCGCGGCACAGCGGCGUCUUCCUUCUCACGCUCGGCCUCAUCGUGGUCACCAGCGGCUUCUUCUUCGCCUUCGACUGCCCCUUCCUGGCUCAUAAGCUGACCCUGGCCAUUCCUGUCAUUGCUGGCAUCCUGUUCUUUUUUGUCAUCAGCUGUUUACUGCAAACCAGCUUCAGGGACCCUGGUAUCCUGCCCAGAGCCACCCCCAGUGAAGCUGCGGACCUGGAGAAAUGGAUUGAUAACCUGGGCACCUCCACUUAUCGGCCACCUGCCCGCACCAUGGAAGUUGUUAUAAACAAAUACAUGGUGAAAUUGAAAUACUGCUACACUUGCAAAAUGUUCCGGCCUCCCAGAACCUCUCAUUGCAGUGUCUGUGACAACUGUGUAGAGCGGUUUGAUCACCCACUUAGCCCUUGGGUGGGUGGCACUUUCUGGGUGAGGCGCCUUGACUAUCGAUUCUUCUAUGCCUUCAUCCUCUCUCUCUCCUUCCUGACGAAGCGUUCAUCUUUGCCUGAUGUCAUCACCCAUCUUUACCUUGCACGCUCCCAGGAAAGUGACUUUAUCACUACAUUGAAGGCAACACCAGCCAGCGUGUUGGAACUGGUGAUCUGCUUUUUUCUCAGUCCUGGUCUAUUUUUGGCUCUCUCUCAGGGUUUUCACACUCACUUAGUUGCCUUCAAACCCUUGACUAAACCAAAUGAAGAUCUCAAAGGGGCAUGGUCAAAUAAAGGAGGCUCUGAAUUUGCCAAUCCCUACAGCCAUAAAAGCGUCCUCACCAACUGCUUUGCAGUGCUCUGUGGACCAUUCUAUCCCAGUUUAAUAGACAGAAGAGGGGUUUAUCGCAGGCAGAUGCUGAGACCUCGUCCCUCCCUAAGAGGCGAGAAAUCCCCUUCCUUUGGACAAAAAUCCGAUGCCAGCAUGUGUGUCCAGGGCACUAAAGAGCUUUUGAGGACCCUCUGCGCCUCGUGGCAAAACCCAAGGCGAUCCCAAGAGGCCCUGGCUAAUCUCUGAAAAAUACAGCCAUUGCCACCGCCUGUGCCUCUAUCCUCCAGGGCUAUCUCGUUUUUCUAUUGCUCCAUCUCUUCCCCUUUCCACAACGAGGGUGGAGAGAUGCCACCAUGCACAAGGGAAAAAAGCUGUUUCAAACCCUCAGUGCUUGGAGUGGAGAGGCUUCUGCCUCCUGUAGGGUUUGAAGCUUAAAGCCAUACAAACCACCUGCUGUGAGUGCAAUAACAGGAGUUUCUUGUCGGCUCCUGGAUCUGGGAAAAUGGAUUCCAGCAUCUAAGCACAUCAAGGCCGGGGAGAGAAUUGUUGUAUCUAGCCUUACUCUGCAGCAAAGAUGUCUCAAAGCUCUGAAGCUCUUAGGAGAUGUUUUUAGUUAUCUAUGCUAGUCUAGGACUGUCUCUUUCUUCUGUUCUCUUCCCUAUCCUGUCCGCUUGUGUUGUCAAGAUUCAGUGUGUCUGUGGGCAUGGCAGAGCGGGCACUGUUAGGGCAGCAUUUACACCAGUGCUGUUCCCACUUUGUGCACUAGGUCGAAGUUGGUAUCUGUUUUAAGUACCAUGUGAUGAACUAGGAAUGGGAACUAAUUUCCAGGCCUAUAUAUGGGUUUGCUCACCACACUUCUGUAGGAACACAGGAAGGAAGAAAUAUAGAAUGCGGUAAUGGGUGGGAAAUGCAACUUCCCAAAAAUGCCAGCUUUCAUUUCUUUUAAAGAGAAGUUUCUAGUCCUUCUAGGUCUGAAGACUUUGCACAAUACUUAAUGGAAACUGAGAAGCUAGAAAGGUUGGCAGACUUAAAUUUCCAGUGAUCCCUUUCCAGAUCCAACAUUAUUGUCCUGCAGUAUUAUGUCCUGGCAAAAUUAUGUAAAAUAAAUUGUGAAAUAGGCCCAAUUUACAUGAUUCUGGUUUGCAGAAUGUAGUUUCUCUUGGUGCAAAUGUGUAGACUGUUAAUUUUUUUAAAAAAGCACAGUGUAUGUAACCCUGCCACAUUUAAUAGUGUUGCCACACCCUGCCCUAGGAUGCUGGAGCCAGAUCAAAUCAGUGUGCAGCAGCAGCCUGCAAAGCAAGAUUUUUGCCAAGAUGCUGGCUUUAAAAAAAUAUACACAAGCUGCUUUUACUGACUAUAUUAUGAGGGAAGAUGCACACUCUCUGGGGUUUUGUGUAUGUUAGAAGUUUGUCUUUUUCAGCAUUUAAACUGCUAAAAAGAUCUGUUUAUAGGACUGCUUUAGAUUUCCCCCAAUUCCCUCAAAAUGCUAUUUUGUAGAACAUAUCUAAUGGAUCCUAUUCAGAACUCUGCCCUUUCUGUUCCAACUGAAAAUAAUGUUUCAUGGAGAGGGCUAAGGAGCAGAACAGAUGACAAGAAAGUUGCCAGAAGGCUUUACACAUAAAACCAAACCAGAUCCCACUGGCCUCCUUGAGUGUCGUUUGGUAAGGUUUGAAAUCCAUUAAUGCCUUUCACUUUUGUAACAAUAAAAUUUAUCCUAUCCUA